GGACAUAAAAACUGCCUCUCCUUCCUCCCUCUCUCUAGCAAGGAGAGCCAUAGCCUCUCUCUCUCUCUCUCUCUCUCUCUAGAUCUCUAUGUUUUCUCACUCUGUAGAUGCUUAGAGCGGCGGCGGGGUCGAGAAGAUCAGGAAGGAGGUACAGGGAGUAGUAGAUCAGUACAAGCUGCAGUUUGGAAAGGUUACACCUUUUGUUUUGUUUCUUUGAAGAGACAAGGCGAUAAUUAAGCAGGGUUGUGUUCUCUGAAUUUGAAUAAGAGGAACAGAUAAACAAUAGCUGGUCAUGAUGUCAGCUGGGUUCCAGCUUGGUGUGAUCGGGUCUCUUGCGCUCUCGGUUGCUUCUUCCGUUGCUAUUGUCAUCUGCAACAAAGCUCUCAUCAGUACCCUUGGUUUCCCUUUUGCUACAACAUUGACAAGCUGGCAUCUAAUGAUGACCUUCUGCACCCUCCAUAUGGCACAGCGCUUGCAUUUCUUUGAACCCAAGGCAAUUGAUGGACAAACAGUGAUCCUUUUCGGGUUGCUGAAUGGCACCUCAAUUGGCCUUCUCAAUCUUAGUUUAGGAUUCAACUCCAUUGGAUUCUACCAGAUGACGAAACUGGCGAUCAUACCUUUCACUGUGCUGUUGGAAACAAUAUUCCUGAAGAAAAGAUUCAGCGAGAGUAUCAAGCUUUCUCUACUGGUCUUGCUUCUUGGAGUGGGCAUUGCUUCCGUUACUGAUCUCAAGCUAAAUCUACUUGGAUCCGUCCUUUCUGGACUGGCAAUCGCCACAACUUGUGUUGGCCAAAUUCUCACAAAUACAAUACAGAAGAGAUUGAAGGUCUCCUCAACGCAGCUACUUUACCAAUCUGCGCCUUACCAGGCAGCAAUUUUGUUUGCGACUGGACCCUUUGUGGAUCAACUCCUUACAAACCGCAGUGUCUUUGCCCACAAGUAUACCACUCCAGUUCUGGGCUUCAUCAUGCUAUCCUGUUUGAUUGCGGUGUCUGUGAACUUCAGCACAUUUCUUGUGAUUGGAACAACAUCUCCAGUUACAUACCAGGUGCUAGGCCACCUUAAGACAUGUCUAGUUCUCUCAUUUGGAUACAUUCUGUUACACGAUCCUUUCAACGCAAGGAACAUAUUAGGAAUUUUGAUCGCCAUAUUUGGGAUGGCAUUGUACUCCUACUUCUCAGUGAAGGAGAGCAAGAAGAAGGCAACAAAUGAUGCUCUGCCAGUUUCACAGAUGCCAGAAAAAGAGACUGAACCACUUUUGGCAACCAAGGACAACAGUGAUACCAAAAAAGCAAAUGGUGUAUCUCACGACUGCUAAGACUUCUCUUGCUUAGUGUAGAUCUAGUAUAUGCAUGCGGCAUGCCUGCUUGUUGAAUUCAAAGGACCUGGAAAGCCAUUUCUUUCCAUUCUUGAUUUGUUUUGUAGAAAAGAGAGUUUUAUAUUUGUAGAGAGUGUAUAUUUUGACGUUAAAAUUAUCAUUUGAUCCUACAUGUCAUAUUCAACUGUUCCAACUGAAGGUUUACAGUUGGAGAUCAUCUUCUUGACACACUCAUGUUUAUCAAAACAGAACCUAUUCUCAACA